CCUACCACCACCGCCCAGACAACACCACCACCAUCACCCACCGACCACCAGCCCCGCCCCCAGCCCCCACCUCCCAGCUACCAUGAGGCUCCACUACCUCCUCUUUGCCAUCUUUUUCUUGUUCCUCAUCCCCGCUCCAGGGGACGGCCGGAUUUUGGAGCGCAUCAACAACUUAUACUGCCGGGUGCGGAGGGGCCGGUGCCGGUUGCUUGGCUGCUUCUCCAAGGAGGAGCAGGUGGGCACCUGCUCCCUGGGCCGGCGGAAGUGCUGCCGAAAGAGGACCUGAGGCCCCGGUGGGGGUGGAGAGAGGGCGGCGAGAUGACCCGUGGCCAGUUCUCCUGGGAUCCCCUCCCCUUUCCCCACUCUGGGGCAAUUCCACUUCCUUCUACAUGGUUCCGGUUUCUCCACUCCACCCAGCUCCCGGUUACCUGGGGUAGUUGUUGGGGGAAAUGGACAUAGCGUGGAUAAUCGAAAUCCACAGAUAAUCCACAUAUAUCACUCAUAUUCGUGGUCCCAGUUCCUUCUUGGCGUCUCUGUUCUUGGUUAUCUGGAUUAGUGGGGGUGGGAAUGGACACAACACGGAUAAGUGAAUCUCA